GAGCAGCGCGGGAAGAUGGCGGCGGGCGGCGGAGGCGGCGGCCGGGCCUCCUCGUCCUCCUCCUCUUCCUCGGCCGCCGCCGCCUCGUCCGCGGCCGGCGCGCUCGAGGCCUCGCUCGACAGGAAGCUGCAGGCGGUGACCAACACGAUGGAGUCGAUCCAGGGCCUCUCCUCGUGGUGCUUGGAGAACAAGCGGCACCAUAGCACCAUCGUGUACCACUGGAUGAAGUGGCUGCGCCGCUCUGCUUUUCCUCAUCGGCUGAACCUUUUUUACUUGGCCAAUGAUGUCAUACAGAACUGCAAGAGGAAAAAUGCCAUUGUCUUUCGGGACACCUUCGCAGAGGUGCUUCCCGAGGCCGCCUCGUUAGUGAAGGAUCCAUCCGUUUCCAAAUCCAUCGAAAGAAUCUUCAAAAUCUGGGAGGACAGAAACGUGUACCCCGAGGAAACCAUUUUGGCACUGAAAGAAGCACUGAGUACCACUUUCAAAACUCAGAAGCAGCUGAAAGAGUCUCUGAACAAACCGAAUAAGCCGUGGAAGAAAUCACAAACCUCCACCAACCCGAAAGCUGCUCUGAAGUCCAAGAUUGUCGCCGAAUUCCGACCCCAGUCCCUCAUUGAUGAGCUGCUGCUGUACAAGCGCUCGGAAGAUCAGAUAGAGCUGAAGGAGAAGCAGCUUUCCACUAUGAGGGUGGACGUCUGCAGCACCGAGACACUCAAGUGCUUGAAAGAUAAAACAGGAGGGAAGAAGUUCUCCAAGGAGUUUGAAGAAGCAAGUUCAAAGCUGGAGGAAUUUGUCAAUGGCUUGGACAAGCAAGUGAAGAACGGCCCCUCGCUCACCGAGGCGCUGGAGAACGCCGGGAUAUUCUAUGAGGCACAGUACAAAGAAGUCAAGGUGGUGGCAAAUGCCUAUAAAACAUUUGCUAAUCGAGUGAGCAAUCUGAAGAAAAAGCUGGACCAGCUGAAAGCAACCCUUCCGGAUCCCGAGGAGUCUCCCGUCCCUUCUCCCAGCAUGGACGCCCCAUCUCCGACAGGCUCCGAGUCCCCUUUCCAGGGCAUGGGGGAGGAGAACAGCACCCGGUCUCCAGCAGCUGGAGGCCGCAAGAUGGUCUCUCCAGAGCCUGCGACAGACAAUCGGGACGUGGAAGACAUGGAGCUCUCCGAUGUGGAGGACGAUACGUCUAAAAUCAUCGUGGAGGAGAGGAAGGACAAACAGGCUGCUCCGGCCCCGGCCCCCACCAAGACUGAGAGUGUCCCCAAAGCGGUGCCGUCGGCUGCUGUGGCCGGCACGGCCUCGGGGACGGUGACGACGCCGGCCCCGGCCCCUCCAACCCCCCCGGCUCCGAAGGUGGUGAGCACAGCUCCCAUCGCUCCAGCACCGGCACUCGCCUUACCCAACCUGGCCAACGUGGACCUGGCCAAGAUCAGCUCCAUCCUGAGCAGUUUGACAUCGGUGAUGAAGAGCACAGGGGUGAGUCCUGCCUCGAGACCUUCGCCGGGGACGCCGACCAGCCCCACAGCUCUUGCCAGUGGCCUGAAGACUCCUGUCCUGGGAACCCCGUCUGCUCCUUCGAAUCCAUUAGCGAAUAUUCUCUCCAAAGUCGAGAUAACUCCGGAAAGCAUUUUGUCGGCUCUCUCCAAAACCCAGACUCAGACGGCGCCAGCGCUGCAAGGGCUGUCGUCCUUGCUGCAGAGCGUGGCUGGGAACACCGUUCAGUCGGGAGAAGCUGCCUCGCAGAGCACCUCGGCAUCGCCAGCCAACACGACCGUGCCAUGCAUGAAGGGGAGGAAUGUUCCUUCCAAUCCGCAGUCCUUUAUAGCCAAAAGUUUUGGUUAUUCUCCAAACUCGACCACUGCAGAGGUUUCCUCCACUUCAGUCAAUAAGGCUCCCGUCGGACAUACCCCAGCACUGUCAAGCUCUGGUUUUAAGCCACCAACCAAUUCCCUGGGAUUUUCCAGUUCCCACCCUACCAGUCCUUCCUCCCUUUUGCCAACAGAAACCUCACUGGGUCAGUCCUCCGAAAUUUCAAAAGCCAAGCUGGAAUCCGAACCCCCUUCUCCCAGUUUGGAGAUGAAGAUACACAAUUUCCUGAAGGGAAAUCCUGGCUUCAGUGGCCUGAACUUGAAUAUUCCCAUCCUCAGCAGCUUGGGGUCCAGCAUGGCAACGGAGAGUCACACCUCUGACUUCCAGCGUGGUCCCACCAGCACUUCCAUGGACAAUGUGGACGGGACGCCGGUGCGCGACGAGCGCAGCGGGACACCCACCCAGGACGAGAUGAUGGACAAGCCGACGUCGAGCAACGUCGACACGAUCUCCCUGCUGUCGAAAAUCAUGAGCCCCGGUUCUUCGACUCCCAGCAGUACAAGGUCGCCUCUGCAGGGCCGGGAUGAUGGAUAUUCCCAAGAACUUCCCAGUUCCGUGCACGGCUACCGGCCCUUCGGCCUUGGCAGAGAAUCUCCGGCCAGCCUGUACAAGCCGCCUGCGGACAGCAGGGAGAUGCCCUCCUCCCUGAUGGACUCCUCCCAGGAGAAGUUUUACCCAGACACAUCUUUCCAAGAAGACGAGGAUUACCGCGACUUCGACUACUCCGGGCCGCCGCCCUCGGCCAUGCUGAACCUGGAGAAGAAGCCGGUCAAGUCUAUCCUGAAAUCGAGUAAACUCCCAGAUUCUGCAGAGUACCAGCCAGUGCUGUCCAGCUACAGUCAGCGGUCACAGGAGUUUGGCGUGAAGCCGUCCUUCCCCCCGGCCAUGAGGUCUAUCCUGGAUCAGAGCGAGAGCUGCGACCCGCUGGCCUCGUCCCCAGGGAUGUUUGGGAGCUACGGCCGCAGGGGGAAGGACUCGGCCUCGGAUGGGUCCCCGUCGCCCAGCAAGAACGAUGUGUUCUUCACGCCGGACUCCAACCACAACACCCUGCCCAAACCUGGCCUCCCGCAGAAGCAAUACUCGGACUCGCCCCACGCGCUUCCCCACCGCUCGCUCUUCUGCCCCCAGAACGCCCUCCCCAGCCCCGCCAGCCGACCACCCGCGGCGGGUGGGGACAAACCCAUGGGUUCCUCCAUCUCCGCCACCUCCACCAUUGAGUUCAAGAACAUGCUCAAAAACGCCUCCCGGAAGCCCUCCGAGGAGAAGCAUUUUGGGCAGAUUCCCAAAAGCAGCUCCGGUGAGGUGGGGAGCUUGUCCGGGGCUGUGAAGGGCGAGCCGCAGCCGCCGGAGGAGCACUACCGCAUCGAGACCCGCGUCUCCUCCUCCUGCCUGGACCUGCCCGACAGCACCGAGGAGAAGGGGGCCCCCAUCGAGACGCUGGGCUACCACAACGCCUCGAGCCGGGGCAUGUCGGGGGAGCCGAUCCAGACCGUGGAGUCCAUCCGGGUGCUGGGCAAGGGCAGCCGGGGCCACGGGCGCGAGGGGAGCCGGGCGGGCUGGUUCGAGCUGAGCAGCGGCGGGAGCGCCUUUGACAACGGGCCCUCAGGCUCCUCGGAGCUGCCCGGCAUGGGCGGCUUCCCGGCGCCCUACAAGGAGCACGUGCCGCCCUUCCCGGAGAGCGUCAACAACUUCCGAACCAACAACUUCAGCCCCGCCUUCGAGCACCACCUGCCGCCGCCGCCGCCCCUCGCGCCGCCUCCCCUGGAGCACGGGAACCCCUUCCCACGGGACCCGGUGGGGCCGCCCGCCGUGCCCCCGCCCGCUCCCACCAAGGACCACGGCAGCCUCUUCCCGAGGGAUCACUCGGUCCCUCCGCGCAUGCCGUCGGUGGAUCACGCCAACCCCUUCUCCAAGGAAACGCCCGCGCCGCUCCCGCUGCCCCACGGCGUCCCCCCGCCCCCCUCGGUGGAACACGCGGGGGUCCCGUUCCCCACGCCCCCGCCGCCCCCGGUGCCCGGGGAGCACGCCGGGGUCCCCUUCCCCGCGCAGCCACCGCCGGCCGGGGAGCACGGCGGGGUCCCCUUCCCCGCGCCGCCCCCCCUGGAGCACGGCGCCGGCGCCUUCCCCAAGGAGCACGGUACGAUGCAAGGGACGCUGAAGGAGCACUUCGGGGCGGCGCAGCCGCGGGACGCCCUGCCCCGCUCGCGAGACCCCGCGGGGCCCGGGCCCCUGCCCCGGGAGCAGCUGGGGGCCGCGCGCGGGCUGGGCCCCCCCGCCCACCGGGACCCCGGGGGCCGCGGCUCCGUCCUGCUCCGCACGCCCCGCGCCGAGUUCCGCCCGCGGGAGCCCUUCGGCGGCAGAGACCCCUUCCAGAGCCUGAAGCGGCCACGGCCGCCCUUCGGAAGGGGGGGAGCCCCCUUCUUCACCCCUAAGCGCCCCUUCUUUCCUCCCCGGUACUGAAGCAGCUGCCCAGCUCCCGGGGCUGCCCUUUCAUUUCUUUUUUUUUUUUUCUUUUUUUUCUUUUUUUCUUUUUUUUUUUUCUUUUUUCAUUUUUUCUUUUUUCUUCCCCUUGAGACCCCCCAUAACCUUCUCCUAAAUUAAAUGUUCUGUGCUUUUUGGUUGGUUCUACCCCCAGCCCCCCAGCACUGGGUGAGACAAGAAAACAGACACAAAACAAUGUUUUAACAAGAAGAAGCCACGUUGCUGUUAAAUAAAAAAACUUAAGUAGUAGUUGAAAAAAACGAAAAAAAAAAUUAAAAAAAAAAAAACUCUGAAAGCUUCGAGAGGAGCGCUGAGUGGUGUUGGGGUGUUGGUUUUCAGCCGAUCCCCAAAUUGCUGCUGCAGGGAGGGGAGACCCCCCUGUUCCUCCUGUCUGCCAAAAGCACCAAAACAAGGCAAAAAGGGUCGAGGAACCCACCCAAACCCACCUUGGAGCUCCAUGGGAUGUGGGACUCUGGCAGCAAGGAGGCCCAAGCCCGUCGCCCCUGCUCGGGAAGACUGUCGGUUGGGUUUGGGUUAAUUUGGGGAUCUUCUGAUUUUUUUUGGUUUGGUUUUUUUGUUUUGUUUUUUUUUUCCCCCAGGAUCACUGUUGACUUUCUAUGUGUGUGUAUAUAACAAUCACUUUUUAAUUCCCACUGGGAUCGUUCACCACGCGCAGCCGGAGCCUGGCGGGGGGCUCAGAGGGGUCCCCCCCACACCCAGGGCCGCCCCCGCGGCUUUUAUAUGAAGUUGGGAUUUUACUUGAUUUAUUUUAAUUAUUUUUUGUUGGUUUUUAGUUGCCUCCAUCGUACCUGUUUGAUACCGGUGUGGGCUUCAGGAUCUGCAUAAAAAGUACCAAACCA